AUGUCCCCUCCUCUUGAUUCAGUGAGCUUUCGGUUUGUCGCCGACGAGAUCCUAGGAUCUUCUUCAACCUCCACCGACGACGUGUUUGAGCCUGUUCCUAUGGAUGUCUUCCCGCCUCCUUCCUCCGCGCCGACAAACAAGUCAGAUCUGUUCAGUCUCCUCGCUUACCGUCGGUGGAAGUCUCCUCCAACGCUUUUGAACCCUCUUCGUCCACCGGAACCGCCGGAUUUACCCUCCCCACCGGAUCUGGCGGAUCUACCCUCUCCAUCUCGGCCACCAUCCUUCCUUCUAGUUCCUCGGAGUUUCUCGUCUGCUGCUCCGAUGACGGCAUCUUCACCGGUAAACUCUUCCUUUCCGAUGAAUCUCUCUAGUGCUCACGCAUCUUGA